AUGUCUUAUGGAAAGGAGUUACCAAUUGUAACGACUGAUUUUUUUCAAAUCACGUCGCGAUCACUAUCUGUAACGGUAGUGUUCAAAUCCCGUCAGUGUACCUGGAAACAACAACUUUCUUUGAUUCUUUCCAUUUCUUUCUUUCUUUCUUUUUUCCCUUUCUUUCUUUCUUUCCCUUUCUUUCUUUCUUUCUUUCUUUCUUUCUUUCUUUCUUUCUUUGCUCUUCUUUCCUUUUCUUUUUUCCUUCCUUUUUUUCUUUCAUUUCUGUUGCUUUCAUCCUGUUCCCUCUCAUACUUAUUCCGCGGUUGCGCAGAGGAGUUUGAUGGGGUCAGGUCAUUUCCUUCUUUUUCUAAGUCCCCGCCAUUUCUGCUUUUAAUUAUCCGGCUCUUUCUCUCUCUUUUCUUUCUCAUUUCUUUCUCUUUUCUCUCUCUUUUCCAUUUCACUCUCUAUUCCCUCUCUUUCCCAUUUCACUCUCUAUUCUCUCUCUUUUCCAUUUCACUCUCUAUUCUCUCUCUUUUCCAUUUCACUCUCUAUUCUCUCUCUUUCCCAUUUCACUCUCUUCCUCUUUUCUCUCUUUUCUCAUUUCUUUCCCUCUUUCUUUCUCAUCUCUCACUCACUCACAAAGACUCAUUUAUUCUCUAUCUACACAUAUCUCUCCAAAGAAAAAAGUGGAAGAUGACACUCCUUUCUUUUUUUCUCUUUCUGCUGGUUGGCGUUGUAGUCUAUUGCAAGAACUGGGACCAUUAUCUAGUCCGGCGCAACUGCCAUAUUGAGCCAGGAAUGUACAGGGUCUACUUGGAAAGGCUGCGUUGGUCCUAUGUUCUCUUGUGCCUCGUCCUCUUAAUUAUCCUCAUCAUAGUUGUUUUCUCUGUCGCUAUCGAACAAACAAUCAUGCAACAACCGCAGACCGCACGCAUAGUUGCAGGCCCCAUGUUCCGAUACAACUGUAGCAAUGUGUUCUUAGUGUCCCGGUCAGAAUGGUUGGCAGCUGCACCCAAAGAAACAGUGACCAUGCGCACACCGGUUCAACUUGUGUUCAUUCACCACACGGCUUUAUCGCACUGUUUUCAUUUUCAAAAUUGCAGCAAAGAAGUUAAGCAGAUACAAGAUCUACACAUGAUUAAAAAAGGUGAGUUCAGAUUUGAAGGUAUCUUGUUUUUAUACUAA